CAUUAUUAGUAAUCAAGUUUUCCUUCUCUUUUUGGAGAGAGCAAUUUUCAACAAUUUACACACAAGUUGGACCCGGAAAGAGCUCAAUUAUUUAGUAGUUGUUGUGGUUGGUGUACGCUUGUAGCAGCUCUUGCCAGGUUCUUUUGGGUCUGAAGUGCAGGGGAGAAAGAUGAAGGUUGACAUGAAGUCUGGAAGAAAUUUUCCACGGAGAACUCUGUAUCUGAUCUUGCUGGGUCAAGUGUUAUCCCUACUACUAGCUCUUACAACCUUCUUUGCUUCCCUCAUAGCCGCCCUUGGUGUUGAUACCCCCAUUACUCAAGGAUCUUCCUCUUACUUGGCUGCAGCUCUGAUAUACGGAGGCAUCCUAAUUUAUAGACGCCACAAGCUACUGGUAUCUUGGUACUGGUACCUUCUCCUCAGCUUCCUUGAUGUUCAUGGCAUCUUUCUCUUUAACAAGGCAUACCAAUUCACCUCGAUCACAAGCGUGACAAUGCUGGAUUGCUUCGCGCUGUUAUGGGUUAUAAUCCUGAGUCGGGUUUUCAUUGGAACUCGUUAUACCAUCUGCCAAUUCCUUGGUGCAGCCAUUUGUGUUGCUGGCCUUGCCUUGGUGAUCCUCUCUGACAUUGGAGGAGGUGGUGAUGAAGGUGGAUCCAAACCAAUCCUAGGCGAUUUCCUUGUGAUUGCUGGAACAGUCUUCUACGCCUUGAGCAAUGUUGGCGAGGAAUUCUGUGCCAAGAAGAGAGACCGGAUCGAGUUGAUGGCCAUGAUAGGCGUGUUCGGCUUCCUGAUCAGCAUUCUGGAGAUCUCAGUGGUGGAGCUAAAGAAUGUGCAAUCAAUCAAAUGGUCCCCUAAUCUUGUUUUGGCCUUUGUUGGGUACGGUGUCUGUGAGUUUCUAUUAUUCUCCACAUUUUCCUGGUUCAUACAGGUGACAGGGGCUACAAUGUACAAUCUAUCGGUUCUUACAUCGGAUAUGUGGGUAGUCUUGAUUCGUCUAUUCUUCUACCAUCAGCAGGUUGAGUGGUUGUACUAUGUGGCUUUCGGGGUGGUGGCUGUUGGCCUAAUUGUCUACUCCACAAGUGAGGAGGAGGAGGAUCCUGGAGACGAGACUGCAGCAGCCAUUGCAGCUGGAGACUCCAGUCAGGAUUAUCAACUGCUUAGUGAUGGAAAUGGGGAUGUUGAUAGUUGUUGUACCUUGCAAACCAUUUCCACUGUGACAACAUGAUCUUGGCCGCUUAUUUCUAUUUUCUUUCAUUUGACGGGUCCUGUUUUGGUGGGAUGUAUUUGGAAGUGUAAUUUUGAAAUACUUUUAUUAAAUGAAAUUAAUUAAUUAAUAAAACCCCCCAUAAAAUUUGGGAGUAUACAUCGUAUCGUUUGCACAAGGAAACAAUUUCGAUUUGACUCGUUUUACAUUAUCUGUUUGAUAUGCUUUGUGAUGGGUAAUGCUCAAUUUGUAGAUGGGCAAGGCGGGCAUGUGUACUCUUCCCGACCUGACUCAUUUGUACUGUAUCCAUGUAUCCAACUCAUUCUUAAAUCAUUUUUUCUCUCCUCUAAAUUACGGGGUCGUUUGCUUCAUGGAUUUAAAAAUGAGGGUUUUGUAAUUUAAAAACCCAAGGAUUUAUCAAGGAUUUGAGGCAUCAUGGAUUUGUAUCAAUCCUUUGUUUGUCAGGAUGUUUUUAUCAUGGAUUUAAAGGUGUGAGAUUUACUACUUGAAUUCAAAAAUUACAUUACUGCCCUUUUCUAUACGUUUGACAUGUUUAUAAUAUGUCCACAAAACAAGGACACAACUUCAAAAUUACCUUACUAUCAUUUUCUAUAUGUUUGACAUGUUUAUGAUAUGUACACAAAACAAGGACAAUACAUACUAAUAAGCAUAAUGUUGCCACAUGGACAAUAAUAAUAAACGAGAAAAUUUCGUUUUAACUUUUAACGUAACAUAAUCAAUUACCAAUUCUUUG